AUGGAGACGCCUCCAUAUAUAAUCCGUAGUGACCCCCCACGUCAGUGCCACAUCCCACAUUCCACAUCCCACAUCAUGGCGUGUUCCGACAAAAAGUCUUGCGAGGGCUGCUCAUGCAGCAACGAUGCUCAACCCCAAUCUAUCAACAUUGAAGACUGUCUAAGCGAGCUGCAGGCUCUGCGUCGACGGAACCAAGAACUGGAGACUCGAAUGGGCGUUGCAAAUGGCGAGAAUGCACCAGUCCCUGUCCGAGAGCCUGGAAGGACCCUUCGCUCUUCUGCCUGGUUCGACUGUCGCAGCAACCCCGGCAUGACGGCUAUUUAUAUGGAGCGAUACUUCAAUUAUGGUAUCACCAAAGAUGAACUCAUGUCAGGGAAGCCCAUGAUUGGAAUUGCGCAGACAGGCUCUGACAUUGCACCUUGCAACCGCCAUCAUAUUGAGCUCUCCAAGCGUGUCCGUGAGGGUAUCCGGACUGCGGGUGGAAUUCCUUUCGAAUUCCCCACACAUCCUAUCCAGGAAACCUCAAGACGACCUACUGCUACGCUUGAUCGCAACCUGGCGUAUCUUGGUCUCGUGGAAAUCUUGACCGGUUAUUUCUUGGAUGGUGUGGUGUUGCUUACUGGGUGUGACAAGACCACGCCGGCUUGCUUGAUGGCUGCAGCUACGAUGAAUAUCCCGGCCAUUUGUAUGAACGUGGGGCCCAUGCUCAAUGGGUACUCCAAGGGAGCUUUAACUGGAGCAGGGUCCGUGUUAUGGCACGGCCGAGAGCUAUAUGCCACCGGUGAGAUCGAUGACAACGAAUUCAUGGACUAUAUCGCGAGAGGAACACCCUCAGUAGGCCACUGCAACACAAUGGGAACCGCAUCUACAAUGAACGCCCUUGCAGAAUCCCUCGGAAUGGCUCUUCCCGGCUCAGCCGCCAUUCCUGCGGCCUAUCGUCACAGAGCCCAAUGUGCCUACGAAACAGGAAAGCGCAUCGUGGAGAUGGUAGAAGCGGACAGAAAACCAUCCGAUAUUAUGACGCGCGCGGCGUUCGAAAACGCAAUUGUGGCCAAUGCCGCGAUUGGCGGAAGCACAAAUGCCCCCAUUCACAUCAACGCUAUAGCCCAGCACACCGGUGUAGAAGUCACCAUGGAUGAUUGGGAUGAUCUUGGCUCGGGAAUCCCCCUGCUUCUGAACAUGCAGCCCUCUGGAGAGUAUCUGGGCGAAGAAUACUAUCGUGCUGGAGGCUUGCCUGCAAUCAUGGCCGAGCUUUUGGACCAGGGUAAAAUCAAUGGGGAUGCGAUCACAUGCAAUGGCAAGACCAUGGCGGAAAACGUUCGCGGAAAGCACACGUGGGACCGAAAGGUCAUCAAGCCUUACGAUGACCCUUUAAUGAAGGAUGCCGGAUUUGCCCAUCUCAAGGGCAAUCUGUUCGAUUCUGCAAUUAUGAAGACUUGUGUUAUUUCACCGUCAUUCCGCAAACGAUACCUAUCUAACCCCGAUGAUCCGGAGGCAUUCGAGGGUUCGGUUGUUGUAUUUGACGGUCCAGAAGACUACGAACAUCGCCUGGAGAACUCACCGCACAUCGAUGCGAAGACCAUCCUCGUUAUGCGAGGCGUGGGCCCUAUCGGCUAUCCUGGCGCAGCAGAAGUCGUGAACAUGCACCCACCAGGCCGUCUAUUGAAAGAAGGUAUUGAUGGAUUGUUCUGCAUUGGCGAUGGAAGACAGUCGGGAACAUCUGGGUCGCCCUCUAUUUUGAAUGCCAGUCCUGAGGCUGCAGCCGGCGGAAACCUUGCAAUCUUGAAGGAUGGAGACAGACUCCGCAUCGACCUGCGGAAGCGUCAAGUCAACAUUCUCAUCACAGAUGAAGAAAUCGCCGAGCGACGAAAAGUACUGGGUGUCGAUGGCUUCUCCAUUGCUCCGAGUGGUACCCCGUGGCAAGAGAUCUUCCGUCAAGAAACAGAUCAACUGAGUCAGGGUAUGGUGUUACGGAAAGCAGUCAAGUUCCAGCGACUGGCACAGGAGGGCCCGCCCCUUCGUCACAACCAUUGA